UGUAACGUGACAGGCAGGUGGGAGGCGUAUGACGAGGAGAUCGAGAAAUAUUGUUUAGAAAUGGACGAUUUGUUUUACCGUGUCAAGAACAGGACUGGACAGGUGUACCAAAACCUCUUCUGUGCCAUUUGUAACGGUGACUACCCACAGCCAGUUCCGUGUGCCUCUGCAUCUUUGAGUCCUGGCGGUAAAAACUCUCCAGCACCACUGCCCCCUCUUACUCUGCUGCUGGGUGUUGUUUCGAGACCAGAGCACGAGAAACCACGAGAGCUGACUGUGUGUCAUCGUGGACAGUGGCAAGGAUUGGAUGGCGUGUGUCGCAACCUGACCUGCCCGGCCGGCAAGUUGUUGGACGCGGAGAACAGCACGUGCAGCACGGGCUGGCGAAUAUCCGGGGCCUGAUUUACAAGCUGAACAUCAACCUCGUUCCCACCACGGAACUCGCCUUGAAUACAUCCAGGAAAGAGUCAUUUGGAGGAGCUGGUGCUGCAACUUCAACGGCAACUUGAAAACAAAACACAAAACUAUGCUUAUGAAUACGUCUUCACGAUCACUUUAGAGUUAUUUUUUUCUAACUGUACAGAUCAAGCAAAGAUAGUCAAAAUAAUGCUUACAGGGGACAUAACAGCGUCAAGGGAGAUAAAAAGAGACAUUGCAGAGGGUUUCUUAGUUCAGAAUCUCCUCAUUGAUAAUUGGAUUGUGCAGAGGUUAGAUUUUAAGGAGAAAGUAAUUCUCAUUCAGCACAUCGAUCUAGAAUCGUCCCAAAACACCACGACAGUUGAAAAAAAUGUGACUAUCUACAAAAAUGGUUAUAGCACAUGGGCUCAAGACGCGUUAAAAGGCCCGUAUGUAGCGGAAACACGAAGAAUAAGGCUUGUAUACGCAUUGGUGAAAGGCCCUCCUUCAACAAAUAAUUUUUCCGACGUUCGAGAAUUCUUCGCAAUUAAAAGAACCAUUCCAGAACCCUUGAAAAUAAAAAUGAGCCCCUUGCUUUUAUGCGCCUUCCUCCAACUCUCGAGGGACGAAUUCAUGAUAAGGGAGGGGGCAGAUGGCCAGAAACGACUGGUCGUGGUUAGUGAACAUGAGGAGGCGGAGUUAGACAGACUGUUGUACGUGAGGCUGGAGGACAACGAGGUGCUCAACGUGUGCAUAGAAACAUUAGAAGCCCUCAAGCAUGUCCCUAAGGUCAGGUCCUCCCCGCUGUGGCAACACCUCCUGUCCUGGAUCGCCAUCCCCAUGUCUAUUCUCUGCGUGGUCCUCACAUUCGUUGUCUACGCCUUACUUCCGGCACUGCGCACGCAGCCGGGGCUAAACGUGAUGGGCACGUGCGCCGCUCUCUUCGUCGCGCAGGUGGCGCUGAUGCUGGCGUCAAACCUUCAGACCUCUGGAGUGUGGUGCCAGGCCCUGGGGAUAUUAGUUCACGAGGCUUGGCUGAGCGUCUUCUGCUGGAUGGUCGUGUGUUCCAUGCACAUGUUCCAGGUGUUCUCUGCCAAAACUCGCCACGAGUCCAGGUCGCUGAUCUGGAAAACACGCAAAACAUCGCGGUGUCCAUCGCACUUCCGGCUGUCGUGGUGGCGCUAG